UAUUUGUCCAACUUUAAAGCCAUCGCAGCAGCCUUUAAACACAAAUUCAUUGUUGUUAGAGCAGCAUCUAUUCAUCCAAUUUUAAGUUAUCGAAACAGCCUCUACACACACGAAUUCAUGACUGUCACAAUAGCAUGAUUAGCAUCUAUUCAUUCAAUUUAAGCCAUCAAAACAGUGUAUACACACACAAAUUCAUAAGAAAUUCAAACAAAAUUUUCACAUUCAUUCAAUACCUCCACUGGCCAGCCCUAGAUACAAGUUUUACCCGAUAUUUUUCUCAAUAAUCUUGAGAAUUUUACUCUAUUUAGUACUUAAGUUUUUUUAUACAAGAGGUCUCGAACCUGUAAAAAAACAUCCAUGCUUAGGCCUAGACAAGGGAAUGGAUUCCGUCAAGACAGACAUGAAAGUUUAACCUCAAAAGGCUAAAACUUGUCAUAAUCUGGUAACUUUAUCCUUCCUUAAAUAGCAAAAGAUUGUCUCAGAAUCAAGAAACCCACAAGAAAAUCCGAAAGAUAGAAUGUCUUCUAACUGUUAUUCAAUUCAAACUAUAGUUAACCACUUAAAGCACUGCAGCAAGCUGAAACAGCUACAAUCCAUGUAUGCUGUCAUGGUCAAAACCAAUACAAACCAAGAUUGUUACUUAAUGAAUCAAUUUAUAUCAGCUCUUUCUACUUUUAACCGUAUGGAUUAUGCAGUUUUAGCCUAUACCCAGAUGGAAAUUCCUAAUGUUUUUGUGUAUAAUGCAAUGAUUAAAGGGUUUGUUCAAAGCUAUCAACCAGUUCAGGCUCUUGAAUUGUACGUUCAAAUGCUAAGAGCUAAUGUUUCUCCUACAAGUUAUACAUUUCCUUCGUUGAUAAAAGCUUGUGGCUUGGUAUCACAGUUGAGGUUUGCAGAAGCUGUUCAUGGUCAUGUUUGGAGAAAUGGGUUUGAUUCACACGUGUUUGUUCAAACUUCUUUGGUUGAUUUUUACUCAAGUAUGGGUAGAAUUGAAGAAUCUGUAAGGGUGUUUGAUGAAAUGCCUGAAAGAGAUGUCUUUGCUUGGACUACAAUGGUUUCUGGUCUUGUGCGGGUCGGUGAUAUGAGUUCUGCUGGGAGAUUGUUUGAUAUGAUGCCUGAUAGGAAUUUAGCUACUUGGAAUACUUUGAUUGAUGGGUAUGCAAGAUUGAGAGAAGUUGAUGUGGCGGAGUUGUUGUUUAAUCAAAUGCCAGCAAGAGAUAUUAUUUCAUGGACUACAAUGAUCAAUUGUUAUUCUCAGAAUAAGAGAUUUAGAGAAGCAUUGGGGGUUUUUAAUGAGAUGGCAAAACAUGGGAUCAGCCCAGAUGAAGUGACCAUGGCAACUGUGAUUUCAGCUUGUGCUCAUCUUGGAGCCCUUGACUUAGGGAAGGAAAUACAUUACUACAUUAUGCAGCAUGGAUUUAACCUUGAUGUCUACAUAGGUUCGGCAUUGAUUGAUAUGUAUGCUAAGUGUGGGAGUCUAGAUAGGUCCCUUUUGAUGUUCUUCAAGUUGCGAGAGAAGAACUUGUUCUGUUGGAAUUCAGUGAUUGAAGGGCUUGCUGUUCAUGGAUAUGCAGAAGAAGCACUGGCAAUGUUUGACAAGAUGGAGAGGGAGAAAAUUAAGCCAAAUGGGGUUACAUUUGUAAGUGUUUUAAGUGCCUGCAAUCAUGCAGGACUUAUUGAAGAAGGUCGUAAGAGGUUUGCGAGUAUGACACGAGAUCAUUCCAUCCCUCCUGGAGUUGAACAUUAUGGAUGCAUGGUUGAUCUCUUGAGCAAAGCUGGCUUGCUUGAAGAAGCACUGCAAUUGAUAAGAACAAUGAAGUUGGAACCUAAUGCUGUUAUUUGGGGUGCGUUGCUAAGUGGAUGUAAGCUUCACAGGAACUUGGAGAUUGCUCAGGUUGCUGCUAAUAAAUUGAUGGUUUUGGAGCCUGGCAACAGUGGAUAUUACACUCUUUUGGUUAACAUGAAUGCUGAAGUUAACAGAUGGGGCGAGGCUGCAAAGAUCAGGUUAACCAUGAAGGAGCAGGGGGUAGAAAAAAGAUGCCCUGGGUCCAGUUGGAUCGAGAUGGAAAGUCAAGUUCAUCAAUUUGCGGCAUCUGAUAAAUCUCAUGCAGCUUCUGAUGAGAUUUACUCGUUGCUGGCUGAAUUAGAUGGGCAGAUGAAGCUAGCGGGCUACGUACCUGAACUAUGGUCUGUUUUGUAGCAGCGUGGCAUUUAAAGUUCACUGGAUGUUACUGCACGUUUGUUUGGGAUUAAGUGAAGCAGAGACAGUGGAGCAGAGGCGUAGUUCGAUCUCACAUGAAAAAGAUUGUUGAAAAUUCUGUACAGAAAUGUAGAGAUGAUUAUGGGUCACGGAUUGUGCUUAUGGUACUAAGGGAUGAGGCCACAGAGACAAGGGUGACUGUUAUGAAAUAACGGGUGGAAAAAGAAGUCCUGCGAAAUGUCCCUGUUAACCCUGGCUGUUUCGGUGCCAACACUGAGGCCUCCAUCUUGUGGACAUGGUAUCAAAGAAGCGGAUGUGACAGAAGGCAUCUGCUUUACAGAAGGACAUUCUAUGGUGCGUUGUACAUGAUAGCAUUAGCAGCUGGUUCUGGUGGAACCAAGCCUAAUGCAUCCACCAUGGGACUGAUAAAUUUGAUGAUUUUUAACCUAAAGAAGACCAAAAGCUAUCAUUCUUUAAUUGGUGGAUGUUUAACAUUUUUUUGGUGCCAUUUUCUCAAGCACCUUCUUGGGGUACAUACAAGAUGAUGCGAGUUGAGCCCUUGGCUAUGCCCUUCCAACAAUGGGUGUGGCAGUUUCCAUUAUUGUGUUCUUGGUAAGCACUCCAUUCUACAGAAACAAAUUGCCCCCAGUGAGCCUAUUCACCAGGAUGGAUCAAGUAAUUGUAGCUUCUGUGAGGAAGUGGAAGGUACCCGUCCCAGGUGACCCAAAACAGCUGCAUGAGCUUAGCCUGGAUGAGUACACAGGAUCAGGGAAAUUCGGAAUUGCCUAUACCUCUUCACUUGGAUUCCUUGACAAAGCAGCUGUGGAGAGCGGUUCAAGGUCACUGUGGAUGCUAUUCCCUGUGACCCAAGUUGAAGAAACCAAGCAAAUGAUUAAAGUGCUUCCAGUAUGGGCUGCUACUUUCAUACCUAGCACCAUUUUAGCUCAAGUGCACACCCUGUUCAUCAAACAGGGAACUGUCUUGGACAGGAGCAUGGGACCCCAUUUUGAAAUCCCUCCAGCGUGCCUCGCAGCUUUUGUAACCAUCUCCAUGUUGAUAAGCCUAGCCAUUUAUGACCGUUACUUUGUGCUGAUGGCUAGGCAUUACAUGAAAAGACCGAGAGGAACUACAUUGCUGCAGAGAAUGGGAAUUGGGUUUAUGUUGCAUGUUAUUGUAAUGAUCACAGCCUGCUUAGCAGAAAGGAAGAGGCUUAGUGUGGCAAGAGAACACAACAUAAUUAGUAAAAAUGAGGUAGUUCCUCUCAGUAUAUUUAUUCUACUCCCUCAGUUUGUUUUGAUGGGAGUUGCUGAUAACUUUGUGGAAGCAGCGAAGAUAGAGUUUUUCUAUGACCAAGCACGAGAAGGAAUGAAGAGCCUAGGGAAUUCAUACAUCGCCACCUUCUUGGGAAUCGGGAGUUUCCUUAGUAGUUUUCUCCUAUCAACAGUUUCUAAAAUCACCAAGAAGCAUGCAUAAAGGGUGGAUUUUGGACAACCUACAUAACUCUCGUUUAGACUACUAUUAUGCUUUCCUGGCCAUAUCGAGCUCCCUCAACUUCCUUCUCUGUUUAGUUGCUGCAAGCUUCUUUGUUUAUAACGUGAACGCUGAUACUAAGAGGGAUUUGCAGGUACAAAGGAAAAUUCACUGGUCAAAGCUCAUCAAGACAAUGAAAACUUGAAGGUUGGAUAAAGAUGAUGAACUUAAACCUUCUACUUUGUAUCUGAAGCGAGGGAAGGCAGAAUCUAGUUCUUUGUAAUAUUUAUGUAUGUAUCUUUGUAUGAACGUACGUAUGACAAAGGUUUGAUGAAGAUGAUGAAACGUUCUGUUGUGUUACUUAUUCCAAGUAAAAAUGCCUUCUAUAGGCAAGUAUUAGACCUACAUUAAAAUAAUUUUCAGGUUUCUUUCUUA